UUUUUGUUUUUGUGUUGGUCAACAGUCUCGGUCUGCAUGAGAGUGCAGGCUGCAUCUGCUGCUGAACAAAAUAAUAAAUUUAUUGACCACGCAAACCUUAUGUUUCCGGAAAGAUGCCCUGCUGCAUCGAACAGUGCACUCCGGGUAAGUACCCGCUGGUGAAGUUUCCCUCGAGCCGCACCAUAUGCAAACGCUGGCGCGAUGCGAUUCUGGCCGGGACCGGCACGGUUCCUUCCGCACUCUGCAAGCUACCCGCGUCGGGUAUGAACGUCGAGCUGGGAAAGCGAUCACCCACCGAUAAGCGUGGCCCACUGCUGGAAAUUUGUCUCGGACAUUUCCCCAACCCCAAGGAUCGAUACUAUCAGGACCCGACGGUUUACGACAAUUCAAUGGGAAAGCCAAUCAAGCUGGAGUGCUGCCGCCUCUGCCAUCGCUUCGAACCGGGAUCAAAGAUGUUCACCUUAGACGGGAAAAUGGGCGGUCAGUAUCUCAAUCACAUCGUGUCACAAACGAUGAAGAUUCGAUUCAGACAGGAAGAUCCUCGGUUUCUAUCGAUCUGUCAAGAAUGUUUGAUAAAGGUGGAUUUGGUCAGAACCAUCCAGGAUCAGUAUCGGAUGUUGGAGGCGCAUCACGAAAUUUUUCUGGGAAGUCAAGCCCCACUUGAACUGGUUGAUGGAGCUCUUUUUGAGGAUGACGGUACACUCGAUAAUGAUGAACUGGGAUUUAGCAAUCAAACUGAGGUGCUGGAGAUGAGCUUUUUGAUCGAAUCUGUCGAGAAUGAUGGAGAAAUUCCUCAAGCAGAUCCAACAGAAAGCGAAAACGAAGUUCAAUCGAAUGAAAAGGAACUGGAAAUCGAGGACAAACCAGCACCAAAAAGGAGAAGAGUAGCCAAGCCGAAAAAACGAGGGCGUAAGCCCAAAGAAUUCAAACAGAAACCUCCUUUGAAGGCGAUACGUCUGCGUACGGAACUGACCAGAAAGUGUUACAUCUGUCCGGCGGAUUUCCCUGACUCGGAAGUUUUGAUAGCCCAUCUGACCGAGCAGCACGCCGGUAAAAUUGAGUACGUUUGCCAACAGUGCGACGGAGGAAAACCCCUGAAAACGGUUAAAUCGUUCAACGUACAUCUCAGUUUGCACGACGCUAGCGUGCGGCCGCUUCAGUGUAACUUCUGCACCCUGCGCUACAGCACCCGGAAGGGUUUGGAGGUGCAUGAGAUGCGAGAUCACGGCGCGGCCCACAAGCACAAAAUAAAACCGAAACUGAAGCGACAGCACCAGUGCGAACAUUGUGGGAAAAUCUUCAAAUCCAUCUCGAUUGUGCGGGAGCACAAGUUGGUGGUGCACGAUCAGGGGGUGGCUGCUCAGUGCAAAAUCUGCCAGAAAACGUUCAAACACAAGAGCAAUCUGGCGCGGCACAUGUUGAUGCACAGCGGAGAGAUGCCGCACAAGUGCGAUGAGUGUGGCAUUCGGUUUAAGAUCGUUACCGACUUGACGAAGCACGUGCAGGGCGUCCAUCAAGGUAAAAUGCCCUACUUUUGCUACAAGUGUGACAUUCCGUUGAAGGAUAAAAAUGCCUACUACCGGCACAGGACCGUGGUACAUAAAGCGAUGAGGGAUGUUCCCGCGCAGCGGCGUUACAGGUGCGGCCUGUGUGUCACAACGUGUGACAUUCAAUCGGACCUGCAACUGCACGUCGACGAGUGCCACCCGGAUCAACCGUACCCGUUCAAGCAGUGCUCGCUCUGCCCGGACCGUUUCCUCACCUCGAGCCAGCUGCAGUAUCACAAGUACACGAAACACUGUGAACAGCGCUCGGCCCGAGCAACGAAGCUGCAGUGCGACAUCUGCGGUGAACAGCAGCAGACGCGGUGCCACUUGGAUUCGCACAUGACCAAGGUGCACGGGGCGGAGAAGCGCUAUGUUUGUUCGGAUUGCGGCAGUCGGUUUACGGUACGGGCGAAUCUUUCGCGCCACCGAAAAACGCACAACGCGGUCAAGCAGUUCGCGUGCGAGUUCUGCGCGAGAACUUUCAAUCAAAAGGUGGCCAUGGACAACCACCGGCGGUGCGCCCAUACCGGUGAGAUGGCGUUCGAAUGCGAAACCUGCGGCAAGGGUUUUAAGGAAACGUCUACUUACUAUCGCCAUCGGGUGGCAUGUCGUCGGGGGCAGGAAGUGAGUGGGACUGGAGAAUAAGUGAAACUGAGCUAAUAUAUGCUACCGUGCUA